AUGAAAUCCCGAUCCGAUGAGCCAAGCUCAUCAGCAUGCCUAUCACCCAUGUCCAGCCGUACCGCACGAUCGAAUACGAUCGAACCUACGCAGAUCACCUGUUGCCGUCGAAGCUUGCGUCACAAAUCUCACAGAUGGCAGCACCGCUGUGGCUGGCCCACGGAUGGAUCAUCGACCAGUGCCGCCCUGAUGCUGGCAACACUGUCAACACUCGCCGUGUUCACGGUCACACUUGCGACAACCAAAUCCGGAAGCGCUUCCAACCCGGCCGUACUGAUUUCGCACGACCACGACGAACCGAAGACACUGGCCCUGGCCGCAGCCGCCGGCCAGAAACAAUCACAGCAAACGUACUACAACAGCCGAGGUGGCGGCAACCCGUCACGACAACAGUGCGCCCUGUCGGAACACACCUGCACCAAUGGACGGUGCAUUCCGUGGGACAAGUACUGCAAUAAUGUAAAUGACUGCGGCGAUGGCAGUGACGAACCACGCUUCUGCACACGAUGCAACCGUACGUACUACGGCAACAUUGGACUGACGUACAAUCUGGAGCUGCACCGACCGAAGGAAGACCGGAUACCUUACGUAUGCAUCCUGACGUUCACUGCUGCCGGAGGCAACUACGGUGACAUCGUUCAGGUGACGCUCGAUAGUUUCACCCUCGGACGGUUUGUGUCGUACACGGAAAAUGGCUGCCCGGACGGUUAUCUACAGGUUUCGGAAGCGAAACGGGCCAAUGUCGGUGGCAUGUGGUGCGGCACAACAUGGGGCCCAGCAAUCUUCUACAGCGAGACCGAUUCCCUCGUCAUGACAAUUAAACUGUUCAAACUUUCGCGUGACCAGAGCGGAUACAACUUCGACUUCCGGAUACAGUACAAAAUGCUGUCCCGUGCCAGUGCGGUCGUGCGGUACGGUGGACACCGACACGAAUACAUCCCACCGUGGACGAAUGUCACGUACAUCCCGAACUAUCCACUGAUCGAGGACUUUACCAACUCGACCGCACACUCCGAGCACCAGACGUACCAGGAGACCGGUUUAGGUGUCGGGUCGGGCCAACAGCGCAAUCGGAUGAUAUCGCUCGGUGCCAACGAUCUGCCCUACCCAACGACCUACGACAAUAUGACGCGCGGCAACAGUGGAAUGCAACGUGGUGGACCCUCCUCGAUCGGAGGUGGUUCAAUGUUUGGGCGUAUGAAUGGGUCGACCGACUGGAUGCCGCUUGGGUCAGGUGUACCACCCCGCAAGCAACUUAACUACACCGAACCGCAGUACUAUUUAGGCGAUCUAAUGCAGGGUACGUUCUGCUCGCGAAUAUUCACCAACUGCGACAAGAAGGUAUGCCGUUUGCAGUCACCCAACUUUCCCGGCAUCUACCCGCGGAAUCUCACGUGCUAUUUCGCCGUUAGGCAGCACGAUGUCCCACCAGGUAAGCAUGCGUUCAUCGUCAUCAGUCAACCGAAGGGCAACCUCGUCUGGAUAUCGACCGAAGCAUCAGCCGGUGCCGCUACAAACGCAGCCCGGGGUGGAGACGAGAAGGAAAAACACAAACCUCGCCUCCAGACCUGGAACGAAUGUGACAGUGUGCAGGACAGCACGAAUCCGAAGUGGAAAUCUACGGACUACAUUACGGUGUAUGAUGGGUACACGACUCGAGACCCAAUCAUACUGAAGAUUUGUGGCGGUGGUCAAGCAAUACCGCAAGCCAUUUCGAGCGGGCCAGAACUGUUGGUAGAGUUUACCACAUCACCGUACGGUACCUUCAACACACCACAAACCAGUGGUCAUUCACUGCACGGCUUCCAGCUUGAAGUCUCGGUACGCUUUGUGGACAUCCAGACACCGACGUACGCGAAAAGCAAGCGUAUAUGUGAGUUUUGGCUCCGAGGUACCGGGCACGGUGUUCUGCAGAACCCAUUACAUUCACUUGCUCCCAACACAACCUGCCUCUAUCAUCUGCAAGGUACUGAAGCUCGAGCACUAGACGCCAUUAACAUUCCACGUCGCUCGGGUGCAUUGUCCACCUCUCCGACUCGCUUCAAAGUAUGGAUAUCGGUGAUGAAGUUCGAACUAGCGCCUGAGUUCGGUGCCACCGAGGAACAGCUGCUACAGUACCAAAGGACUGAGGACUGCAGUGGUAUGCUGAGGAUAUGGGAUGGACCUCUACGAGAGGUCCCCAUUUGUAAAGAUAUCGACUGUCUCACCACCGAUAAAGAUGGAACGCAACGGAGCAGCAUACGGUUCGGUGCCAACACGACCAACAUCAUCGCACGGUACUGUCGAGGAUCCGUGCCGCGAUCCUGCGAUCACGGAAUACUCAACAUGACCAGCUCACGCCCUUGCACUCUAUCCGAGAGUUACGUCUCCAGCAGUGACUUUGUGACGCUGGAGUUAAAAACAUCCGAUUCAACCGUACUUCGACCGCUGCAGUUUGCACUGCGCUAUGAAUUCGUCGAUCUACUACAGGACGGUACAGCUAUCGGUGGGGAAAAUGAGUGCAAUCGACGCUUUGCCAGCAGUCAGAUGGAACGCAAAGGACCACAUCCCGUGCGGAGCGUACGCAACAUAUUCCUUUUCGGUCGGGGUGGAGCCAAACAUUUACACUGUAUUUAUCGCUUCGAAGCUCAGCGUGGUGAACGCGUUCGCAUCGAGAUCAAUCGUGCCAUGACCGGUUAUCGUACCUGUGAUUCACGCGUCGAUCCUGACACUGGUCGAUCGUACUGCUUCGGCGAUAGUACGGCACGGGUCGAGAUUUUUGAACGACCCUGGCACGAAUCGAUUCUCUUCCCAAGAGGCUGUAUCUGCAAUUCGACCAACAACUCCUAUCUACCGAUCGUAUUUACAUCCACCGGCCGGGAGGUUGAGAUACACUUCAGUGCAGCCAACAUGACCAAUGGAGACGAUCCGGAUUCGCUUAACUUUGAGGCAUCGUACGAGUUUGUAAAGGGUCCAAUGAUGUGUAAGGAUGUGCGACGUAAGAACGCCAUUACCGGUGUAGUUAGUCUGUCCUCGGGCGAUAUUGAAUGUCGUAACCGUCCGUGGCUGAUAGAACCAUCCUACGAUCGGUAUCUCUACAUACGGCUUAAAGGGCUCUUCCUGCGUAAAUUCAAUCCUGCGACGCCACUUGCAUACAACGCUAGCUUUAGUGCCGUGACACCGAUACGCUGUUACACUAAAUCACGUGUUAUCAUAACCAAUGGCGAAGGCAUAUCGGUAACCGCUUGCCCAUUGCCCGAAGAGACCAAACAUCGGCACGUGGUCGAGGUGUUCAGUGCUGGUUGGGGUCGAAAACAUCCGUUCUUCGGCGCGGAAGCAUCACGGGUCGUUUCGGUGGAAUUUCUCAAUCCAGAUGAAGGUGGCCAUUAUGCGUUCAGCUGGCUAGAGCUAACGAAGCGAUCUUCGGCAAGUUAUGCUUUAGUACAAGAAGAAUGUCCCUAUCUUUGUCCGGAUCUGAAUGCUUGCGUCAAUGCUUCUAUCUGGUGUGAUGGUAUCGAGCAGUGUCCUUCGGGUGAGGAUGAAGCGUUCACACACUGUUCGGCGCUGUUACGACUACCGGCCGAGAUACUGGCAGGACUGAGCGUUCUUCUGCUGGUGAUAUGCUGUGGACUGUUUGGAUAUCUAUACAGAAAAAUCAAACGAAACUGUCGACGGACGAGCGUUCUCCAGACGCGCCUGAAAUCGCUCAGCUCGAUGGAUACGGCCGUGUUCGAGGACAAGGAGGUGAUUUGCUGACAAAACGACAAUUCUGUACGGUACGUUGAGAUCGAUCGCGUCACCACGGUCUGACCGCGUCAUCGAGCAACGCUACCAGAAGCCGUACAGAAUUGUCUUCCCAAGCAACCAUACCAAACCGACGACAUGCCAAAUGCACGCCAAACGCACGGCGGCACCAGUGAGCAGCAGCAGCAGGAAAAUGAUGGACUGAGCAAUACUAGCAGCAACGUAUCGUGUACUACUUUUCUACUCUCGGCACUCACCACCACCACUACAAAUA